AUGUCUCUUCAAGUCGUCUCCAACCCUUUGGCUGUCUCUCUAACAACGGAGGACCCUCAGUUCUCCGCGACCUACUGGAAGAAGAGAUUCGACGCCCGGCAUCCUUCGCCGCACCCUGCUAUAGCAACUCUUGAUAUAGAGUACAGUGAGCUGGCAAAGGCAUGGAAGCGCCUGCAAGAGCUACUUCCUCUGUCAGAACAGGUGCUGUUCGAGGAGCGCCCGCAAACUUCGCAAGACGUGCAGGCCUUGAUUCGAAGCAUUCAAGCCCCGUGGGCUUCUCAUACACAGCAACAGCUGUUCAGUCAUUCAUCGGCUCUCUGCGAUGCUUUCUUGGCCACCCUCGACUUGCAUACAAUUCCACUAAAGGCCCUGCCUAGCCAGCACUUUUACUCCUCUCUCCUCUAUGGCACUCUGCAAACCAUCAUCAAGGCGCGGAGACAGGCAUCGUCCAAGUACCCCAGGGUCAUGGACGGGGUGAUGAAAGCCCUCGUCAAAGUGAACCAGUCAAUCAGUCUGCCUGAACAAAGCGAGCCGCUGCAGAUCGCAAAUGAUUCGAUACCCGCUCUUGCCAACUUUUACUCUCACCUGUUUUUCUUCUUGGGCGAAUUGAUGGACUGGUACGCGAGGCGGUUCAAGUGCCGACUGCUACAAAGUCCCCAUGAAGAUGUUUACCUUGACUUCUGCAAUCUGAUCACAAGUAUACAGAAUAGUGCAAGAGGGUUCACGCGCACCUUCGGCGACCCUGCCGUUCUCAACGAUGGCGAUGACGAAACGGGCGUUUCAAUGAUGCAGCAUACCUACUUGUAUCUGUGGGAGGAUGCUAGGUUGAGUCAGAUAGGCAAACGAAAUACCGAGCGGAGAUUCGCGGCCCAGAAUGCCUUGACUCGGUUGCUGAUAUGGGAAAUCCAACAGAGCGCCGAACAGCGAUCGAACUUGAGAGAUAGCAGGGGUCAGCUUCUUGCGCAGAUGUUCGAUAGGGCGAGCCAGCAACUACGACCGAAUGGCGAACAGCACAGCGCGAUGGUCUGCCUGACAACGGCGUCUGGACAAGACUUGCUUAUCGCGGCUACGCCAACGGAGAAACAGAAACACAAGUAUACCCGUGUCGAACUUCAGUUAGCUUCCGCGCACCUCGAAGAAUACUUCGAUGAUGACGAUCAGCUGGUCGGCUAUGAGCCUACAGACGUGGUGGUAGAGGAGGAUGUCAUAGAAUCACUGAAGCAAUGGUCAACCGACACAUAUUCUCAGAUCCUGGCCGUGGGAAGCGUGCCGAAGUCCGCUUCUGCGAGUCCUUUUACUCUCAUAGCAACCUGCUACGCCAACCUCGCGCGAAAUAUAAAACUGCCUGUUAUCGCGUGCUCGUGUUCCAUACCGCCAACGGCCAAGGAUGGAAUGACCCUAUUUCAACAAGGGCUGAUAGCGCUUGUAUACAGUCUGAUCCGACAAUUACUUGAGUACCUCCCUCCGGUAGUGAACGGCUCGUCGACGCAUACUGUCAAGGCAGAAAACUUUACUCUCCUCGACGGUACGCUCGCGUCAUGGAAAGAAGUGCUCUCCUUGGUCGAUACCUUGCUCAACUACGCACCGCCACUCCUUAUACCCGUCCACCGACGGGUACAUACGGUCGCUGCUUCGAAUUCUUGUGACCCAUACCCGACAGCCAUCGGACUCGACUCCUGGACGGCAAAGCGUCCUGCUCAAGAUCCUCUUCACCGUUACUGGACGACUGGAGUCGCUGGCAGAGACUCUGUGUGA